GUCUGCAGGUAGCGUGGUGCGCGGUCGCGGCUGUGGGCUUGCGCGUGCCCUCAGUGUGUACGUGUUUGUUCUUCUGUGAAUCUGACGCAGUGUUUCGAGAAUGUAAUUCUCCAGGCGGACCAGGCAGUUUCUUUCGCAGGUCUCCACACCGAAACUAACAACUGCGGUGAUUCUGCUGUAGAAGUGCCCUCCAUAUGUACUUCACCACAAAGUAUUCAGCUACAGAGGCAGUCCAACACUGUAACAGUAUCGCCGGAAUGUGGUCAAUAGAUCCAGUGUGCUAAGGUUUGCGAGGUUAUUACUGGUGCCGAUUACGCAGCUGUGUACAAGGAACCUAUUAUCCGUUCCGUCAACGUUUAUACUGCAGAAUUAGCAAAGGAAAAUACCUGUAAACAGAAAUAGGAAGACUGUAGGCCCCUUGGAGCUGACCACUCAGAGUGGAGACCAGGCGUGGUAGUGUGUGGUGUGGACGAGAGUGAUGGUCGCGUCACAACAAUGAGGGGCACGUCGGAGUCUAACGGCAGCAGCAACGGAGUGUCGAGCCGGCAGCAGCAGUGGAGCCCGUCCGGCGGCGGCGGAGGCGGCAACCUGCGCUUCUGGCAGUCGCAGCACGCGCAUGCCCCGCCGCUGCCGCCCCCCAACAGGAACGGCGCCGGCGCCGGAGGCGGACCUUUGAAGGUGGACCCUGAGCUGAUAUUCACAAAACAGGAACGUAUCGGAAAGGGUUCGUUCGGCGAGGUGUUCAAGGGGAUUGACAACCGAUCCCAGCAAGUUGUCGCUAUUAAGAUCAUCGACCUCGAAGAGGCCGAAGAUGAGAUCGAGGACAUUCAGCAGGAGAUCAUGGUGCUGUCGCAGUGCGACAGUCCCUUCGUCACCAAGUAUUUCGGCUCCUACCUCAAGGGAACAAAACUAUGGAUUAUUAUGGAGUAUCUUGGGGGUGGCUCUGCCUUGGACCUAAUGAAGGCAGGCAGUUUUGAAGAGAUGCAUAUUGCUAUUAUCCUACGUGAAGUGCUCAAGGGUCUUGACUACCUCCACAGUGAGCGGAAGCUUCAUAGGGACAUAAAAGCUGCAAAUGUUUUACUGAGUGAGAUGGGUGAUGUGAAACUCGCAGACUUUGGUGUUGCUGGUCAGCUGACUAAUACCACAAGCAAGAGGAACACAUUUGUCGGAACACCAUUUUGGAUGGCACCAGAAGUUAUAAAACAGUCUGCAUAUGACUCAAAGGCUGAUAUCUGGUCAUUGGGCAUUACUGCAAUUGAGCUUGCUAAAGGGGAACCACCAAACUCUGAACUACAUCCAAUGAGAGUGUUGUUUCUGAUACCCAAAAACAACCCACCACAGCUCACAGGGAACUACACCAAGCAGUUCAAGGAAUUUGUAGAGGCAUGCCUUAACAAAGAUCCAGAAAAUAGGCCAACAGCAAAGGAGCUACUCAAAUUCCCAUUUAUAAGGAAAGCUAAAAAGAACUCUUAUCUUAUUGACCUAAUUGAUCGCUACAAAAAAUGGAAGUCCCAGAGAAGUGAAGAGAGUGAGACUGAGUCAGAAAAUUCAGAUUCGGAGGAAUCGAAACAGGACAGUGACCUCGAUGAGCCAUGGAUCAUGACUGUCAAAGGACCACAUUCCAUUAAACCUCCUGCUGAUGAACCGGCAAAUCACAAGAUUCCUCAGAAAGUGCAGAAUGGUUCAGGACCACCACUGACGAAAUCACCUCCUAAGGAUUCAAAUCUCAAUCAUUAUCGGACUGAUAAAGCUGCACCAUCACGGCCACAUUCCGCUGCUCCAGCUGUACCAGUAGACAACCGGAAGGACAGGGACAGCAAAGAUUUGCAUAGUCGAGACAAGAGAAGCUCCAAGGAAGCUAGUCCUCUCGACCAUCGGGGAGACCACGCAACAGAUAGCAGUACGCCUGACAAGAAGGCUGUCCGCAGGGUGGAGGUGGAACCACGACCACGGGAUGUCAACACUAAUGCCAAUAGUAACAGUAACAGUAACACAAGCAGUAGUGGUGGCAGCAAGGCGGGCCACCCACACCCUCGAUCUCCAUGCCUCUCCGGUGUUAUCUACCCUCUCAUUUCAGAGUUACAAAGACGACAUCAUUAUAAUUCUCGUGGGCCUGAGUCACCACACAAGGCAGACGCAAUAGAAGAACUUAAAAAUGCUUUUGAACUGGCAGAAAGAGCUAGUCCAGGAAUAAGUGAUCUUUUCAUUCGAGAAAUGGUCCAGAAACUUCUCCCAACAGUUACGGAAACCAGGAUAAAAAGUGUAAUGGAUAAGAUCACAAGGGACUCCACAUAAACGUGUUGGCUGCCUGAUAAGCUGCACAUUGCAGCAGUUCAUCCAACUCAGGUCCUCAAAAUGGUUUUUACUACAAAUACCAUUGAAUCUUGUAUAAAUAAACGUUCCUUAAUAUCAGUUACAUGUUUCAAAAUAUGGAAUUUAUUUAUGAUGAAUAGACAGACAAAUAAAUAUUUAUAUUUUGACUUUAUAUUAAAAUUAAACCUAUUAAUUUGUGCUUGAUCCAAAUGCAAACAUCGAAAUAUCAAAAUUUAGAAUUUAUGUAGUAAUUUGAAAAAUUAUUCUGAAAUUGCAUUUAUUUCGGUGAUCACCCAAAUAAGUUUUCCUGUCAAAGCAAAACAUUCUAUUCAGUAGUAGAUUUGAAUGUGACUAAGAAGCUAACAAUAUAGAAGCACCGAGUUGCCAUGGUCAUGUCCAGUUUUGUGCUUCUGUCUAUAAUUUUUUAUAUCAUAUGUUUGAUUAACUUUCUUGCUGCUUUAAAAAAAUGCAGGAGUGAGUUAAAAGCAGAUAUCUCUGACUUCUUUCAGUGUUUGAGAGCAAAGACAUUUAUUUUUGAUACUGGCUCAACAUGCAUUAACACUGUGUUCAUUUUGUGUGCUUCACAUGUUUUUGGAUGCAAAAACUUUGUAAAUAUUGGUAUGUAGUGAGAUACAUAUGAGACAAGUAUAUUUUUCACAUAUUGAAAAAUAAGAGUUUUGAAUCAGAGUGAUUGGCAGGUUUUUCUUCUUUGCAUAUUUGACAUUCAUUCUUGUGAAAGCAUGUAAUAUGACCAACACAGACAUUUAAAAAUGUUCAGUCUGCAGCAGAAUGUCAUUAAUAUUCAUACAUUAUAUUCAGAAUAUUUACAGUGAGAGUUGAACAAGAGAAUACAGCCAUGUUUAUAUAAUUUUGAGAUUCUCAGAGCUUUGGACAUCUAAAACGAGUGUAAUGGAUGUGUAACUUGGUAGUAUGCAGAAUAAUAGAAAGUCGUAAUGCAUAUUACAUGAUGUUAUAUAUGUAUAGUGUAUUUUAUGAACUAAUGAAAGUAAAAGAAUAAGAAUUUGAAGUGUUCAUGUUAUUGCUAGAAUGUCAAAACCAAAAAACUUAAGAAUAAAGGUCAAUAAUUGAGCCAAGCUACCAUUAGUUGAAGUAAUAUUCAGGUUGAGGUGGGCAUAAAACUACUGACAAUCCACUCUCAGGAAUUUGAAAACUGAGAUGCUCUUCUCAGGAGAGAAAUCAGAAAAUGUGACAGAGCAAAAAGAACAACAAGGGUGGUUUGCUUAACUGUGUUGUGUAUGCUUGAUUUAUCACUCUUUGUGUCAUCUUGUGUCUUUUGUUCUCUUCAUCUUCUGAGAAAGGGUGCCUCAAUUUCAAAAGCAGUGUAAGUAGUUAGUGUUCCUGCCAUCAACACAUUAUUAUAGGUGAUAAGUCCAGUUUACAUUUAUUUGAGGAUAAUUUAGUGUGAAAUACUAAGAAAUGGCUGAUCUGUUCAUCAGAACCUAAUUUUUUAAUUAAUGCAGUGGUAAAACAUAUCAUAGUGAGACAAUAGAAUGAGUAGACAGGUGAUUUUUGAAGCUGGGAAAGAAGAGAACUCCUCAAAAUCGUAGAAUGCCAUUUCUGUGCACCACAGCUUAUCCAGCUAGAAACUGAUAGUAAUGGUUUCUAAAUACAGUUUCUUAUCUUUAGCAGUUUUCUUAAAUAAUGUUGUCUUCCUGUUUUCUGUUUACAAACAAAUAAUUUUUGGUAAAAGAGAGUGUGGGAAACGUAGGGUUGGAUUGUUCAAGUAGAUGAGGAAAGACUAAUACACAACUCACAGAUGAAGUUUUGAUUGAGAAAUAGGAAACACUAAGGGACUUGUUGGUUUGUUAGCUGGAUGGUUCUUCUUUGAGUAAUGAGAGCAACUUUAGUGUGAAUGUGAAUGCUUUUUCCCCCAUUGCAGAGUGGCUGCAGAAGUGAGCAUGUCUCUGUAAAUCUGUUGCAUAAGAAACGGAAGAAAAUUAAUAAUUUAAGCAAUGUUGAUUGUUCUUUGCUCGGAACUUCAUCUGUAAUUUCAGAAACCUAUGUAUUGUGCAGUAUUAUGUCUCUGUAAAGACUUUAUGGUAACUUGUGUCCACAUUUUAAAACUAUGUAUGUUAGUUACGAGGGAGACCAAUUGCAGUACGCAUUUGUACCUCCUCGGGUAUUGCUCACAUCAUUUUAAGUAAAAAUUACUCGCAAUUUUGUGUGUGUCGAUUAUUAUGUACAGUAAAUAUUUUUAUUAGACUACUUUAAAUUUCCGGAAAGUUUUGUUUCGAAUUUGGUAUUUCGAUGUUUUCUUGUUCCAACUGUACUAAAUUCUAUUUGUAAGUAUUUUCUAUUUGCCAGUAGUGGAAAAAAAAUCUUGGAACUAGGGAAGGUAUUGUAGACCUGAUUAACUAUAUAUGGGAAACCAGUCAUACAAUGUCACUGAAUUUCGGAGGGUGCCUCAUAAGCUCAUGCCCACUCUUUACAGAAAAUAUAGUUAAUUUUUUGCCACACUCAGUUUCUUUACUUUUUUUGUAACAGUCAGUUUUCUGUGUGUGUUUAGAGUAGAGAGAGAGAGAGAGAGAGAGAGAGAGAGAGAGAGAGAGAGAGAGAACUUUCUUCCAUGUAUUAAUGUAAAUAUGUAAAUGUAGGUUCAGACUAUUAGGGAGACUUGUCCAUAUUUUUUUUCUUAUCACAAAACUGUAUUUUUUUAGGUGAUGUAAAUAUAAUCUAGAGAAAUCACCAGAUGUUUGUUUAGUAUGACCACAGACUGAAUGCUGAUCAUCUUGAUGUGGAAAUGUGGGAACUAGAUCAUUGUUUUGAUAAUAUAGAUUUCUGCUUAAGAGAGUCUUGCUGAUUCGUGUCACUACACAUAUUCAGUUAGUUAUUAGUCUGCAGACUAAUGGGAGAUUCUUGAGAAAUGUGAUUUACUAUCAGAUAAUAAUUUUGUUUUCAUUUUACGGAAAAGAGGAUUGUUGUUAUAUGUCUAUUCAUACUUACGUGAUGCAUUAGAGUUCUGUUAGUGUAGUUUCCCCUGUACUAUUACACAGAAUACUGUUAUGUUUUAUGUGUAAAAAAAGUCUGUGUGUUUACACAGCAUGUAAAUGAUUAAAAUAGCAUAAAUUGGAGAGUACAAACAUGUUACUGACAGUUAUUCCACAAGUCAACUCUUCAUAGCCAGUGUGUGUGUGUGUGUGUGUGUGUGUGUGUGAGUAAGAGAGAGAGAGAGAGAGAGAGAGAGAGAGAGAGAGAGAGAGAGAGAGUUUGAACAGUUCUGUCUGAAUGCUUGUGUGAAUCUUAAACAGCAAAUUAAAGGUAGUGGCUCUCUUUAUCAGUGCAUAUGCUAAAGACCAACUCUGCAUUGCUUGAUAUGGACCACUUUCCAGUAUUAUCGAAGAAGGAACAUGUGAUAGUUGAUUGUAAGCCACAUUCUGCCCUUGGAAAGUGCCAAUGAGUGAUUCCAUGCAUGUGUGUACAAUGUGAAUCAUGCAGCUGUUGACACUGAAAUGUAAUUUUGUAAAUACGUAAUUAUAAUGUUGAUUAUUUUAUUGUGUAUGCAGUUUGUGAAAGAAACAGUAUAAUGCAGUGAAUAAUGGUGAUUGUUCUUUAUGUACACGAAGGAAUUAUGCAAUUUCUGUGAUAAAAGUGCAAGUUUACAAACUUAUGUAAUGUCCUGUGGCCCCCCUGAGAGUAACAUCUUAAUAUUUUCCUUUAACAUGUACAUACAUUAAAGCUGAACUUGACACACUGUACUAAAACAUAUGCUGUAUUGUUGUCAAGUUUGCACUUAACUGAAAAAUAUUCAGUCAGUCGUUUUAAAAUACAAAUUAUGAUUUUUCUUCAAGGCAGAUGCUUUAAUAUUAAAUGUUAAACUUGUACACUAAUUAUUGUUGAAGAUUAAUUGUUUAUGUUUCUCUCCAUAGGAGAAGUUCAGACAUGGAUAGAAACUUGUAGCAUUUGUCAUGAUUGUGGAUUUUAACAUCUGUAAAGUUCAUUACUGGGUGAUUUCUGUACACUAAGGUGAAUAUGUAACACAAAGUAAUCUUGAAAACAAGAUCUGGUUGUACAGAAACAUAAAUAAAAAUAAUAAAUUAUGUGUAUGACCAA